GACCUCAGAUAUGGGGAAAAACCGUCAGUAUUUAAAAGUAAGAUGAAAUGAAAACACUCCGGGAUUAGAACCCCCGACCUGCGAACCAGUAACAAAAUUCCCUUUCAUUUUGUUUGUAAGUACUGUAUAGAUUUAUAGUUUGAAAUGAACACGAGCGUGGUUUCUGCUGAAACAUAUUAUCAUCAUACACCGUUAACAGCGCAGACUAUACACAUUUAGCCUGGUGUUCGUUGUGGGUUAUUUCUGCCCCUUUUAGUGUCCUUCAGGCCCUAAUAUACAUACUUACCUCUGAGAACUGGUACAAUAGAGAGCUGUGCGAAGUUAUUUGGUGUUUUUUCGUUGAUAUUGGUGCAAUUCUAGGUAGGAAGAAACAUUUCAAUCCAGGUGAAAAAUAUCCAAGACAAGUGAUAUGCCUUAUAUAUAGACAAUUUCAUAAGCUGUAGCAGGUUCUGCAAGCUUUGAUAUGGAUUGGAAGAUGCUAUGUUUCUCUGAUCAGUGAUGGGACGGACCAUCUGAAAUUACAGAUGAUAAUGGUUGGUAAAGGAGUGUAGUAUUCUGCGAUUGCAUUCUGCCAGCUUAAAAAGCAUGGAAGCUUAAUAUGCGGGAGAAGCCAGAUUGAAGGAUUCUUUAUUUUUGAUUCUAUGCAAGAAGUCUGUUGAGAUUUUUGUUUCAGCUUGGCGUCAGCAUUUCUUUGUAAAAUGUGUUCAUUUCAAUUCGACGAUACUUUCUUGCACCAGCUUUAGGAUUGGCCAAAGAUAUAUUGUUUCAAAUGCACAACAAAAUGCCAAGUUGCUAUUGUUGGAAGUAUCACAAUAAAGACUAUAUAAAAAAGUGAGAUUAUGACAAAAUUCUCUGCAAUUCCUGGAAUAAGGUAGUGGAAAGUAUGGUAUAAAAUAUGAAGUUGAAAAAUUAAGUACUUAGAAGUUAAGUUUGGGUUAAAAAACAAGAACAGUACUGAAGGUUUUUCUAUCAUCUAAUUUUGGAUACAAGCAAGACUUUGAAUACUUGUUUGCAAGGCAUAGUGGAGUUGGGACAGGCCAAGGGAUACAAGGGACGAUAAUGUGUAUAUUGUGUGUUACAUCAAGGCUGUCACGGCGCAUUGUCAUCAUGCUGACAUGGUUGGUUAUCCCUCUUAUCUCAUUGUGGGCAUUUUCACAAUUUCUGCCCCCAAGUCUUAGGUUUGAAAUAACAUCCUCUCGUUUGGCUUGCAUUUUGGUGCUUUUGAUUAGCAUUGGAUGGUAUGAAGUUAUAUUUCCGUGGCUUUGUGCCUGGAGAGCACACCGGAAUUCUCUAAUGAAAGAGAGAGGAAGAGUAGAAUCACAAAUGGCAGCCAAGUGGCGCAGAGAAGCAAUACGCAAGUGCAGAAAUUGCUUAACAGCAUAUAGAGAUCAAAAUCCUGGGAGUGGAAGAUUCAUGUGUGGAUACUGUGGCCACAUUUCACGGAGGCCUAUAUUGGAAAUAACUAAGCUGGAUCCUGGUAUUUCAGGUUCAGGAAAUAUGGAGAAUUAUUGUGGAAGUAGCAUGGGCACAUUUCGAGGGAUACUUCAGGGUGGAAAGUGUCCAUCAGGAGAGUCUUGUUCUGACUUAGCUAUGUUUAUAGUAAAAUCUGUAGAAUUCUCUAUGUUCAUUGUUGGCUGGUUUUGGAAGAUUAUGCAGAAGAAGAACUUUUUAAGAGAACAUGAAAUCUUAAAUUCUGGAUCAAAGGCAGAUAAACAGACAAGUGAAGAUAGGUGCGACUUUCAUGUGAAGAAGGUGGAAAAAGCCAAGAGGAAGGCAGAGGAGAAGAGACAAGCUAGAUUAGUGAAGGAAAUGGUUGAGGAAGAAGAGAGAAAGCAGAGAGAAGAGGUUGCUAGAUUAGUUGAGGAAAGAAGCAAGUUAAGGAAUCAGAAAUUGGAGGUUGAGAAAGAGUUUGAAAGGGAAGCAGUCACAGUGAGGGAGCAGGAAAUAGACAGAGAGAAGGAAAUAGGUAGGAGGCCACAGGCAGUGAAGAAUAGGAAGACAAAGGUGUCUGCUAAGGGUAAUCUUGUAGAGGAUGGGGAAGUGUUAAAAAAUAAAAAAGAAAGCAUAAAGGAGAAGAUCAAAUUAGAGGAAAAUGAGGAAACGGGAAAAAAGAUAUUAGAAAGCACAUCAUGGUCAGUUGCAGAGCCCAUGAAGAAUGUGAAGAACUCCAAAACUCUUCAUUUAACUUUGCAAAAAGGGUUCAAAACAAAUGGGCAGGCCAGGAAAGGAGCAAUAAAUGGUACAGCACAGGUUGACACCUCCCAAUAUUCUGCUCCUGCGAAAUAUUAUAUUAUCUCUCAUGGAAGGUCAGCUUCAUAUUCAAGUCCUGUAACAAGGGUAUGUGGUGAAAAAUCUGGUGUGAAGCCAGGUAAAAUAAAUAGUUCUCUAGAUGCUUCAUCUAAUGAAAAUGGCUCGGCUGGAUCAAUUAGUCUAAACCGUGGGCAGGUUAACAAUUCUGUUUGGAACAGGACAGCCUGUUCAAAUAUAUGGAACAAAGGAACUCAUCUUAGGCCUGAGGUCACUUGUAAUAACAAAACAUUUCUUACUGGGAGCAAGGAAUGUGGAGAUUUCAAGGCAGUGAAGCAUGUAAAUGGUUGCAUGGAUAGAAUAACUCCUUUGGAGUCACAUGUGGGAGUUGAGCUGCAAAUGAUAUCGCAAGUGACAACCCACUCAAAAUCAUGGGAGAAUCUGUGUACAAGACCUUCAACAUCUUCUUGCAUGUCUCAUAAUUCAGCAUUGGAAAGUAAGUUCAAAGAGGAGAAGCCAAUUGAAAUAAGCAGCAACUCUUUUGCAAUGCAGGUCCCGCUGUCAUCUUCACCUUCUACCAGCAUCUCUUUUGGCUCAUUUGAGCACACUUCACCUACUUUAGCAGCAGCUACAUCAAAAUGUAGCGAUUUAGUGUCAUGUGGGGUUAUUUCACCAGAUUCUCAAGUUUCUCCAGUUAGGCUGGUUACAGUUGGAAGUAUCACCUAUAAAGAUUCCUUAUAUCAACAAGAUGCCAUAUCAUUGCUUGGACCUGUUACAGAAUCUGUCAUAAGCUAUUCUGCAGCAGUUGGAUCCAGUCCUUCAGAUACCAAAGCAACUGGAAUUCAGUCGUCAGGUUGCUCACCCAUAUCUGCUCCAAGUCACAGGCCGGUACAUAUUCCAUCUCCGGUUUCAAGAGCAUUGUCUACAGAAACCAAUUGUAGUUUUCAUUGUAAUGGAGAUCAGAUUUCCUGCGUCACAGAUUUAUGGAGUUUACCAUCCAUAUUUUCGGAUGUUUCAAAUGAAAGUUAUGAAAAUAUAAAUAGGCAUAUGCGGGAGGUGCCAAAGGUCGGUCAUUCUACAUUGGACAAGUCUUCUCGGUUUCUGCCUGCACAGAACAUGCCCAAUGAGAAGAGAUGUUUAAUUCAGCCAUUUUCCGAUAGUAUUUCACAAUCAUAUACUGAACUUGAAAACCAUAUUCCUAGUUGCAUCUUACCUUUAUUGGAGAAUGACAAUUCCAACCAAGAGAAUGGGGAUGUCAAUUUUUGUCCGAAUCAACCAAGUUUUCAAUGUACCGUUGAAGAUUGUAAUGAGCUGGAUAGUCAACUGUUUCCUCCCAAUUUUGUAAAUUGCAUCAAGAAAGGAGCAACUGAAAAUUCCUUGAACGAUGUAGAAGAGAAUAAUUUAACCAUGAUAUUCAGCAGAGCUUUUACACCUGUAUGGCUGGGAAUAGAGUCUGCUGACCAUCUUAUGGAGAGAGAUCAAGGAGAGACCUACAAGUUGAUUAUCAGACGUGCAGUCCAAGACUAAUAGGUCAAACACUUAGCAAGUCUGUAGUGGUUAAACAAAAGAGGCAAGAUAAUGAAAGCUAGGAUGCUUUGCUUACGAGGGUCAAUAACACGCAAUGAAAAUAAAGCCAUCUAUAUAAGGGCGAUCUUGCCUGCAAUGAAGGUAACACGCCACAAAAAGCUAUCCUAAUCUAGUCUAAUUAUUCAGUGAUGGAUGCAAUAUGCCUAAAUGCAAUGCAACGAAGCAGAUUAGAAGGUAGAAAGAGAAUGCAGUGUGACCUUUUACAAAUAGUAUACAUGCACAGCUAAAAGUGCUUUAGAACUUUUGGCAGAAAAUGUCUUACAUUGUAUGAGAUUAUUUGUUCAGCAAUAUAUUUCAUGACAAAAGUCGUUUAAUGUUGUGCAAUUAAUGCAUACAUAUAUGAUUACCAUACUCAA